CAAGAGCUAGUGGGUGUCUGGGACGGUCCAAGUCCUUUCCAAAGGGGUUCAAAAUUUUGGUGCUCAUUUCAUUCAAAAUCCAUAUUAUGUGACCAUGAAGUUUGUGAGCGAAAGCUGCGUUGACUCGGACGGCGGUUUCGAACCUCUGCUGGCUUACAACAAAUUGUUCCAACACGAGGCACUCAUUGCAACGAUACCUCGUUGCGGCGGCUGCUCGGAGCUGAUCCUGGACCGGUUCAUCCUGAAGGUGCUGGACCGGCCGUGGCACGCGCGCUGCCUCAAGUGCUCGGACUGCGGCGCGCAGUUGGCCGAGCGUUGUUACGCGCGGCACGGCGAGGUGUUCUGCAAAGAGGACUUUUUCAAGCUUUUCGGCAGGCGCUUUGGCACCAAGUGCGCCGGCUGCGACCAGGGCAUCCCGCCGACGCAGGUGGUGCGUCGCGCGCAGGACCACGUUUUCCACCUCGGCUGCUUCGCGUGCGCCCUGUGCGCGCGACAACUCGCCACCGGCGACGAAUUCUACCUCACCGACGACCGCAGGCUCGUCUGCAAGGCUGACUGGGAGACGGCGAGGAGCAAAGGCGGGGAUGUUUCAGACGGCUCGCUCGAGGGUGACCAGCCCAACAAGAGGCCGCGAACCACGAUCACAGCCAAGCAGCUUGAGACGUUGAAGCAGGCGUACAACAACAGUCCAAAGCCGGCCAGACACGUCCGAGAGCAACUCAGUCAAGACACGGGACUUGACAUGAGGGUCGUCCAGGUCUGGUUCCAAAACAGGAGAGCAAAAGAAAAGAGGCUGAAAAAGGACGCAGGUCGUACUCGUUGGAGUCAAUACUUCCGAUCAAUAAAGGGCAGUGGCGCUGGAUCAUCCUCGCCGCGCUCUGAUAAAAUGGACACCAAAGACUCGGAGAGAGAAAUUCUCGAUUCCAAUUACAGUCACGAUCUGAAUAGUAACGACAGCUACAGCACAGUCGCCAACCUAACGAUUGAGGGCGAGAGCAGAGCCGCGUCACCGCGGGGGGCCAAUUCGUACAUAGGCGCUCCGGGCAGCCCUUCCUUUUUACCCCAGAGCCACUCGCCUCCGCCGCCGCAUAUCGGACCACCUCCUCACCAUGGUGCACCUGGCUGGGACUCCAUGGGGGUCUUCAACCUUGCAACUAACAGAAGUACCGCAGGCCCUCCAGCGACCAGCUCCCUGCAAGCAGGCCCCGGUUCGGAUCUGAGCUCCACCAACAGCCCCCACGGCUACCCCGAUUUCCCUCCGAGCCCAGACUCGUGGCUUGGCGAAGUGGGAAGUUCCCGCUACUGAGUUUUGCACAGACUCAAACAAUAGUUUGAGCGAGAGGCAGUGAUAGAACAAAUUUCUCGCGCCUCCAAGUGAUCAAGCACAGAAUCAGAAAGUGUCGAUUUUUACCUACAGUGUCCAAGCACACAUCAUCAGCGUAUCCAAAAGCAUUUAUUCAGUGUUUCCAACAUGCUGUACAUCACAAACGGCAGUUCAUUUUCUCCAAACUUAGUAUCCAUUUCAAAUUUAUAGCUGAAAAUUAAUUUGAAAAAGCGAAAGGAUGAUUUAUUUUUACAUCGCUUUAGGUGCCUAGUCUGAUGAUUACUUUAAAAAAUUAAUUCAAACGGAUUGAUUUACAAGCUAUGAUAUUCCACGUGGAAAAAAUCUUACCAAAGUUCACUAGUUAAUUUAUAAUUACUUAAAAAAGCUAGUCAAUCUCUCAUUACUUUUUAUCAUUGAAUAUAAUACAAGAAUGAUUUUCGAUCAUGCAUUUGGUGUCAUUUCUGUGAUUUUGUACAUGUAAGAAAGUUAAAUUAUUAUACACAAAUUUAGUAAAAAUAUGCAAGCAACAUUCCAUUGAGGAAAAGAAUUUCUAUGGCUCCUCCUCUCUGCUGAAGAUUUAUAUCUCUUGCAGGAGCCUAACUUUAAGUGUGAAAUGAAUGAAAAAUCCCUAACAUAGCACCAGAUUGGAUUUAUGUACCUACAUCAAAACAACCGUGCGCGUGUCAGUGUCGACGAAAUUUUGUUGUAUAGAAAUUUGGGGAUUUUCAAUGUAAAAUCGCUCAACACUUGAGCAAAGCGACCUAUCUAUUGAAUUUGUGUAUGAAUUGAAUGUUCUACUACACUUCUCUCGUAUUAAAUAAUAAAUUACAU